GUUUCCUCUCUACAGAAAAGGCGAGGCGGUCCCUCCCCAUCUACCAGGGAAGAGCUUAGACACUAGGCUCAUUGCCUCCUCCCUGGCCACCCCUCAGGGCUGCCCUAGUUUCCAGCCCCUACCCCUCUACCACCUGCCCCCCCACAGCAUGAUCAAUGCCGACUUCUGUGCUGGGGCCGUGCUUAUCUCCUUUGGGGCCAUACUGGGCAAGACGGGGCCGGCUCAGCUGCUGCUCAUGGCUCUGCUGGAGGUGGUGCUGUUUGGCACCAACGAGUUCCUGCUCCUUAGUCUCCUGGGGGUGAGGGAUGCAGGAGGCUCCAUGACUAUCCACACUUUCGGUGCCUACUUCGGGCUGGUCCUCUCACGGGUCCUCUACAGGCCCCGGCUGGAGAAAAGCAAGCAUCGCCAGGGUUCCGUCUACCAUUCAGACCUCUUUGCCAUGAUUGGUGAGGCCUGCCGAGGCGGGGUGGUGGGGUGGGGCCGGUUCCAGGUGCCCCUAAUGUUGGGCCAGGGAGGACCAUCUCCAGGCAAGGGGUCAGGGUGCUGCUGCCGUCCUGGGGGUUCUGGCUGGGAGCUCCCUUCCAGGUUGGGAUCUUCUGUGAGAGUCCUGAGAUCUGUGCUCCUAGUUCUCAACAGUUUUAUGACAGGUUCUUAGAACCCAUCCCUGGGGGAAGCACCUGCCCAGAGCUCCGUUCCCAGCGGUGCUUCUAAAUCUAAGUCUAACCACACCAAUCUCUG